UUACUAUAUUUGAAGUAUACUAUGUCGUCGUCAUCAGAUAGCGAGCCGGAGACGAGGGGACCCGCGCCAAGACUCGGCCCUUGCGAAGUGUGUGCCUCAAAGGAAGCACAAUACACGUGCCCUAAAUGUGAAGUGAAGACGUGUUGUUUAAACUGCGUUAGGAUACACAAAACGGAGCUAAACUGUGACGGUAUAAGGGACAGGACGAAAUUUGUUCGCAUGAAAGAUUUCACCGAUAGAGACUUGUUGAGCGACUACAGGCUGUUGGAGGAGUGCGCCAGGUUCGUGCAUGGAGUGAAACGUGACGAAAAGAAGAGGUUCACUAGGAUAGACAAGGAUUUGCCAGUACAUCUCUUUAAACUGAAGAUAGCGGCCAGAGACCGUGGCAUAGCCCUCCAGUUCCUCGCUCAAAACUUCUCAAGGCACUCUGUAAACACCACUCGCUACAAUUACAAAACAAACCUAAUUAGUUGGCGGGUGGAGUGGAUCUUCCCCAACGCUGAACCGGACAUGGUGAAAUUUGUAGACGAGAAAUGCUUGGAGACUAGAAGGCUUUCUGACCUGUUGGAUAAGUACCUGGAUGUCAACGCAGAGCCAUUUGAAGGGUCGAAGGCUCUGACUUAUUAUAAGUCUGUUGGGUUUAACGGAGUCAAAGUGCUGUUGAGAGCCGAGAAAGUAAGGGGGUGCGCCCGCAAGUUCUUCGAGUUGGACCCGAGCGAGACUUUAGCAGAAAACCUCUCGGGAAAGUGCAUAGUUGAGUUCCCGCUUGUUUUCGUCGUGCUCAAGGACCACGCCUACAAUUUCGACAUCAUCACACCUGAGGACGAGUUUGACGAAGAACCUAUAGCUAAAGAAACUCCGUCACAAAGAGCCCCAGCCAACGAGGCCCAGAAGAGGAAGAGGCCCCUUCUCACGGAGAAAGUGGCGCUGGAGAAACAGAAGGAGAUACAGCAGGAGAUCAAAGAAGAUAAAAAGAAAAAGCCUAAGAAUCUUCUUUUCACGACGGGAUACUCCUCCGAGGAGAGUUUAGACUUAAGUGAUGAUGAAAGUAAAAAAUGA